AUGUUUCGUGUCCUCUUAUUCGCCGUUUUUUCUACGUGUCUUUUUCUUCCAGGUUUCGGAGCUGACAUCGAUGUUGUUCGCCAACGGCGAUAUUCAGGUAUUGUUGGUGCCUCUACGGGAGCUUCGUCUAUCCCUAAAUGGUUAUCAUCCUUGGGUGAGAAUGGGAAAUGGCCGGAUGACGAAAUUAACUACACCGCUGGAUGCGACGCCCAAAGAGGGAGUUGGCCUGCACAGCAGCAUUGGAGGCGUAUUGAUACGUUCGCUGCUGCAUAUCACGGUGGCUUCAAGAAUGCACUUCAGUAUGCCGGUGAUCCCGAUCUCAGAGCCUCCAUCACUCUGGCAAUGAAUUAUUGGUUCUCCAAUGACUUUGACAACAUUGCGUGUCUGGACGCUGGCGGUACCGAUGCUUGUCCCUGCGGCACGCCUGGCUUCUGGAACACUAAUUGGGCUUCUAACGUCAUUACGGUUCCCCCCUCAGCGUGCCUCUUAUUGGACACCAGUCUCUCAGACGAUGAAUUGGCUGGCUGUCUACAUAUAAUUCAAAGGGCCUAUAACACGUUUCAAACCGGUAUUAUAGGCGUUAGUAGCAUCACUGGCUCCAAUCUCCUUGAUAUCGCUGGUAUCGGGCUCGAUUUGGGGCUGCUGACAAGCAACGAAACCAUACUCACGGAUGCCUAUGAUAGAGCUCAUGGGGAGUUGUCCAUCAAGACAGCAGUUAGUGCAGACGGCAUCAGGCCGGAUGGCUCGUUCGGCCAGCACAAUGGUUUGCUGUAUAACGGAGAUUAUGGGAAAGAUUACGCGAAUGAUGUCUUCAACCUCGAAAUUUCGUCUGCAAAUACGCAAUGGGCAGCGCCAGAUGAGGGUCAGAAUGCGUUUGCCACGCUGCUAACUGCAAACCUGUGGAUGAUAUUCCGUAACGUCGUCACAGGCGUUUUGCACUGGGACUAUGCAAUCAUCGGUCGAGUCAUAAGUCUUCCUGUUGCCGAUAACCAAGCAACGGCUAGCCUCAAAACAAAUCUGACACAGAUCAGAGUUCUUGGGGAGUUAUGGAACUCGAGCGACAUUACGCGUGUCUACGAAGUCCUUGAGGGCACCUCGAAGGAUGCUAACAUCGGUGCCGUCGUCGGCAAUCGCAUGUUCUAUACUAACGAUUACAUGGUACAACGCGGCUCUGGAUACGUGACAACGUUAAAAAUGUUCUCCAAGCGCACUUUGAAUUCUGAAUGUGUCAACUCCCAGAAUCCUUAUGGUUUCCAUCUCUCUGAUGGUACAGUGUACACCUACUUGACCGGCAAUGACUAUGAGGACAUAUUCGCCGCCUGGGAUUGGAAUCUUAUCCCGGGCAUAACAGUCGACUACAACGCCACCGUACUUGACUGUGACGAAUCUAGGAUAAGCGGGGUUGAAUCCUUUGUUGGUGGUGCAUCCAACCAGAACAUCGGUGUUGCUGCUAUGCGUUAUGAGAACCCCAUAACCAAAUCACUUCAAUGGCAGAAGUCGUGGUUCUUCUUGCCCAAUGAUGUCCAAUAUGUCAUGGUUGCUAACAUUGCUUCAACUACCUCGGCACCAGUAUUUUCAGUCUUGGACCAGCGAAGGCACCUCAGCAACGUGAUGAUAUCCGGGUCAACCGUGACAGAAAGCGGGAACUUUUCUUCCGUUGAAUCCCUAUGGCACGGCGGUAUUGGAUACACCUUCAAUGCGUCCAAUUCGGCUGUUUCUUUGUCAGUGCAGCUUGGAAAUAAGACUGGUUCUUGGGAAUCCAUUGGCACAUCGGACGAGGGAGAUAUAUCAGUCGACCUUUUCUCCGCCUGGCUCAGUCACGAUGACACGUCGGUCCCUGUAUCCUACGCCGUUUACCCAGCAACUUCGUCAUACGAUUUGUUUGUAUCGAAGUCGCAGGAAUCCGACAUCAUACCGGUACGCAACGAUGGUUCGGUGUCAGCUGUUCUCGACGUUGCUGAUAAUAUUGCUAUGAUCAUUUUUUGGGACGUUGACGGAGGUUCUGUCACCAUAACCCUUCCAACUCCUGACGCCGCACCUAUAACCGUCCACUCCACGGGAAACAGCGCUGUUAUUCUCGACCUCGAUGAAUGGAAAGUCAUGCUUUCUGAUCCAUCACAGACUCUGGCAAAUAUUGCAUUGACAGUCUCUCUUGGAUCAGGAACACCUCCGCCGGGGUGGACAGACGCAUCGACUACCAAGUCAGCCUAUUUUGAUCUUCCUUCAGACGGGUUUUGGGGACAGAGCGUUACACAGGACCUGAUAACUGAUUGA